AUGAAACUAGACGUGGAAGCCCAGGAGACAAGUAUUGUUUUGCCGCUGUUGGCCGGCGGCGGAUACGGUGGCCGUCCUCUUCCGGCGGAGGAAGACGACCGCCGUCAGUCGACGUCUUUCUUCAAGACAUGCUUCAAUGGCCUCAAUGCUUUAUCAGGUGUUGGCAUACUCUCCAUGCCGUACGCCGUGUCGUCAGCCGGUUGGUCGAGCCUCAUCUUCUUCUUCCUAAUCGCGAGCUGCACUUUCUACACGGGCGUGCUGAUCAAACGGUGCAUGGAUGUGGACCCGGCCAUACGAAGCUACCCGGACAUUGGAGAACGGGCCUUCGGCCCAAAGGGAAGGACAUUCGUCUCGGUUGCCAUGAACCUCGAGCUGUACUUAGUGGCAACGGGCUUCUUGAUUCUCGAAGGAGACAACUUGCACAACUUAUUCCCUCAAGUGGGCUUCGAGUUUGGUGGGCUUUCGAUUGGUGGGAAGCAAACUUUCAUCCUCAUCGUGGGCCUCAUCUUGAUGCCUGCCGUUUGGUUGGACAAUAUGAACAUCCUUUCAUACAUCUCAGCCACUGGGGUCGUGGCCUCUUUUGUGCUCGUGGGAUCGAUUUUGUGGGUCGGCACAUCUGACGAUAUUGGAUUUCACGAGCGUGGCUCGGUUAUCAAUGCUAGAGGGAUCCCAACUGCUGUUAGCUUGUACGCCUUUUGUUAUUGCGCGCAUCCCGUUUUCCCGACGCUUUACACUUCAAUGAAGAACCAAAAGAAGUUCUCCGAGGUCUUGCUCGUGUGUUUUCUCGUGUGCACAAUGAGUUAUGCAUCCAUGGCGAUAAUGGGUUACCUGAUGUUCGGCUCGAACGUGCAAUCUCAAAUAACGUUGAACCUUCCUACGAACAAAAUCAGCUCACGAGUGGCUAUCUACACGACACUUGUCAACCCAUUAGCCAAAUAUACGUUAAUGGUGACUCCAAUAGUAAAUGCUCUUGAAACCCGUAUCCUCAAUGCAAGCCGGAGUAAAGGAUUAAGCACAUCGAUUAGGUCGGGAUUGGUAUUCAGCACGAUUGUUGUAGCCGUAGCAAUCCCAUUUUUCGAGGAUCUUAUGUCGCUUGUGGGAGCGUUUUUGAGCGUUACGGCUUCGAUUAUUUUGCCAUGUUUGUGCUUCUUGAAGAUUAUGGGUGACUACCAAAGACCUAGGCUUGAAUCAGCUGGCAUAUGGGGCAUUUUGUUGAUGGGUAUUGUUGUUCUUGUUGUUGGGACCUUUACAGCUCUGCGAGAGAUUUACAACCAUUUGGUUAUAUAG